AUGUCUCAAUCAAAUAAACCACAAAGAUUAUGUACUAAUGCAACUCAAGCAUGUAAAAAUUGUCAAAUAAGACACCAAAGAAAGUCUAGGUCUCCUGGAGCUACAGAAGCUUCCUACUCUUUAGAAACUGUUGUGUCAUUCAUUGGCCAAGAACAAAUGCCAGAUGAUCAAAAUACUAUGUCAAUUAAUUCUUAUGAGCCUUUUCUUAGAACAACCAAAGCACAAAAUAACGAUUUUUUAAUCACUAAUCCAUAUCAAAAUAUUAUGUUAUCCUCUACUAGUCAUUUAAACGAAACCUCUUUUGUUGAAACUCCUCACAAUAUCUACUCAUACAAAGCUACCAAAACAUUCCCAAAUAUGUUCCCUGAAGGACCAGCGCAAGAUAAUGACCUUUUAAUUAUUAAUUGA